AUGCUUUCUCUACGAAGAGCACAUGUUUUUCCUUAUGAUGUAUGGGGUGCUAAUCAGUUGUGUUUACACCAUGCAGCUAAGAAGUAUUAUCCUGCCAGGCAACGGCUCACCCUCCCUGCACAACCUGGAAAAUCUGGAAAGCCAGUUGUCCUCAAUCAAAAGGCCAGCCUAUCGGAAUACUGCGAGAAAGGUUCCGGUUCCCUGACAGUGGUCUUCAAAGAUUUGGGCCCACAGGUCUACUACAGCACGCUCUUCUUCUGGGAAUACGUCGGCCCUCUUAUCAUCUACCCCAUCUUCUAUUACCUGCCUGUCUACAAAUACUUUGGAUAUGAGGGAGAGCGGGUCAUCCACCCGGUCCAGACCUAUGCCAUGUACUACUUCUGCUUCCACUACUUCAAGAGGAUCAUGGAGACCUUCUUCGUCCACCGCUUCAGCCACGCAACUUCCCCCGUGUCAAACGUCUUCAGGAACUGCGCCUACUACUGGACCUUUGGAGCCUACAUUGCCUACUACUGCAACCACCCGCUUUACACCCCCGUGAGUGACCUGCAGAUGAAGAUUGGGUUCGGCAUCGGGGUCGUGUGCCAGAUCGCAAACUUCUACUGCCACAUCCUGCUGAGGAACCUCAGGAGCCCGACCGGCAGCGGCGGCUACCAGAUCCCACGGGGUUUCCUGUUCAACAUUGUGACAUGCGCAAACUACACCACCGAGAUCUACCAAUGGCUGGGGUUCAACAUCGCCACACAGACCGUGGCGGGCUACGUCUUCCUCGCUGUGGCCGCUGCUAUCAUGACCAACUGGGCGCUCGGAAAGCACAGCCGCCUGAGGAAGGCUCUUCGACGGUAA